AUGGGCUACGACAUGACCUCCCUGGUCCCACCCGACCAGGCCUUCUACGGCAUCAUCCCCGGAGCCGGGUCGACCCCGGUUGGCCGGGCCACCUUGCCGGUCACCUUCGGCACCCGUGACAACUACCGCACCGAGUACAUCAACUUCGAGGUCGCCGAGUUCGAGACCUCCUACGACGCCAUCCUGGGAAGAACCUCACUCGCCAAGUUCAUGGCGAUCCCCAACCACACAUAUCUUCUCUUGAAGAUGCCAGCUCCAAAGGGGGUCCUCUCGGUCUACGGAGAUCUGCAGACCUCCUACGCGUGCGAGGCCAAGAACAUUGAGCUCUCCGACACCCUGGAACGAUCCAGGAACUCGGUUCUUGUUGCCUAG